UGCUCCUCUCGGCAUGUGCAGCGCUUAGUAUUCGCUCAAACUCACACCAACCUGCAACUCAGAGUAUCGAAAGGAGACGGACCGUGCCAUCAUUUAUGACUAGGCUAAAUGUAGUUAAGUCUCAUUUUUGUGUUUUUGUCGGCGACGACAGCGGGGUACCCUAAAUAGAAGCCAGUGCGCGCGCGUGUGUGUGUGAGACCAUGCGGGAGCAAAGAAGUGAUGCUGCUGAGUUUAGAUAUUAGGUUUCUCCGGGGCGGUGCUGCUGAUCCUGAUGCUGACAUGGCUUCCUGGGAGUGACAUCAAAGUUUUUUAGGGGCUAUUAUACUUGCUUGAGGUGUUCCAGCUGAGGCUCGGUCUCCAGUUUUGUUCAGUUUGCUUCGUUUUCAGUCAAAUCUGCGCUCGGUUCAAUGACUGGAGUUUCGGUUUAAUUGGUAAAUUUACGCUGAGUGGACCGUCACGAGGUUGCAUACUCCGGGUUUGGCAUCCGUAGAGUGUGGAGAUGAACUUUGGAGAUUUCCUACUUGUGAUUACUUCAUUCCUCACCUUCGUCUCAGGGUACCGAGCACGGUUUGAAGACAGUGCUCCUCGGAUUGUGGAAGACCCCUCCGAUUUGAUUGUCUCCAAGGGGGAGCCCGCUACCCUCAACUGCAAGGCAGAAGGCCGACCUACUCCUAGCAUAGAGUGGUAUAAAGAUGGCGAGCGUGUGGAGACGGACAAGGAUGACCCCCGUUCUCACCGAAUGCUCCUGCCCAGCGGCUCCCUCUUCUUCUUGCGCAUCGUUCAUGGACGCCGGAACAAACCAGAUGAGGGCAUCUACACCUGUGUGGCCCGCAACUACCUGGGAGAGGCCAUCAGUCGGAACGCUUCGCUGGAGGUUGCCGUUCUGAGAGAUGAUUUCCGGCAAGCCCCAAGCGACGUGGUGGUGGCUGCUGGUGAGCCUGCAGUGUUGGAGUGUGUCCCACCCCGUGGUCACCCUGAGCCUACCGUAUCCUGGAAACGCAACAACGUCAGAGUCAGCACCAAAGAAGAGCGCAUCUCUAUACGAGGGGGCAAACUGAUGAUCUCUCACACCAGGAAGAGCGAUGCUGGCAUGUAUGUUUGUGUGGGCACAAACAUGGUUGGAGAGAGGGACAGCGAUCCUGCAGAGCUCGUGGUAUAUGAGCGUCCUGUGUUGGUACGGAGACCAGUGAAUCAGGUGGUCAUGGAGGAAGAGACUGUUGACUUCACAUGUGAGGUCCAUGGGAAUCCCUCUCCAACUGUGCGAUGGCGAAGGGAUGAAGGAGAGCUUCCACGUGGGAGGUUUGAAAUCCACAAUGGCAACAACCUUCGUUUGUUCCGCGUGAAGGAACAGGAUGAAGGCACAUAUACCUGCACAUCUGAAAACAGCGUGGGCAAGACAGAGGCUUCAGCCAUGCUGCAAGUCCAUGUUCCACCACAGAUUGUUGCAAAGCCCCAAGACCAGAUUGCCACCCAGGGGAAGAGCAUCAAGUUCCAAUGUGGCACCACAGGAAACCCUCCACCUGCCAUUUUCUGGCAGAAGGAGGGCAGCCAGAUGUUGCUGUUCCCCGGCCAGCCACCAUCACAGUCUGGCCGUUACUCUGUUUCCAUGAGCGGAGAGCUGACCAUCACUGAUGUUCAUCCGGAGGACUCAGGCUUUUAUGUCUGCCAGGCUAUCAGUGUAGCAGGAAGUGUUUUGAACAAGGCGUUACUGGAGGUGGAGGGAGGUCCUUCAGGUCAUAUCCCACCCAUCAUUCGACAAGGCCCAGCCAACCAGACUGCAUCUCGCGGUGUGACGGUGCAGUUACACUGCCGUGUAGUCGGAGGUGCUUCAGUGAAAAUUUCAUGGGAGAAAGAUGGAGAGAAGCUUCAGGGAAAUAAAGCUCGACUGACCUUGAUGGAGAAUGGCAGUUUGCAAAUCACAGACAUAAAGGACACAGACUCUGGGAUGUACACAUGCGUGGUAUCUGCCGCCACAGGGGAAUCGAGCUGGAGCGGGAUGCUAACUGUCAGAGAAGACGGACCAUCUUCGGUAUCCAGAGUUUCAGAGUUCAUACAGCUUCCAGGACCUCCGCAGAAGCCUGUAGUGACUGAUGUGACCAAAAACACUGUCACCCUCACCUGGCAGUCCAACCCACAUGAAGGCGGAGCUGCUGUCACCUCAUACAUUAUUGAGGCUUUCAGCCAGUCAGUGGGAAGCACCUGGCAAACUGUCGCAGACCACGUGAAACAGGAGAGGCACACAGUUGUCGGGCUCUUCCCGAACACGGUUUAUCUCUUUAUAGUCCGAGCUGUCAACUCUUAUGGCCUCAGUGACCCCAGUCCAAUCUCUGAGCCUGUCAGGACACAGGAUGGGAGUCCGACAGAACAGGGUGUGGACCACAGACAGGUGCAGAGAGAGCUGGGCGAAGUGUCUGUCUACCUGCAGAAGCCUGUGGUUCUGUCUCCUGCCAGCGCCAGGAUCACUUGGACUGUUACACGUCAGUCCCCGUAUGUUCAGGGCUACCGUAUAUUUUAUCGGACGAUUGGUAGCACCUGGUUGGUCCAAGAUGUAGAGGCCACGUCUGACUACAUCUGCGUCUUGGAAGAUCUGCACAGCAACACAGAGUAUGAGGUCAAGAUACGGCCUUAUUUCAACGAGCUGCAGGGACAUGAUAGCCUGAUGGUGCUGCUGCAUACCCCUGAUGAGGUUCUGAGCGAUCCUCCACAGGCUGUGUCAGUGGUCCAGCUCACCAACAGCUCCAGUAUCAGUGUCUCCUGGGAGCCGCCUCCUCAUAACAUUCAGAAUGGCAACAUUCGAGAGUACAAGGUCUGGUGUCUGGCUAAUGAUGUGGAGCCUGAGAGCCAGAUAAACCGAACUGUGGAUGGAGCAGUUCUGUCCAUCCUGCUGACGGACCUGCUGCCUGACGUCCGUUACACUGUGGUGGUGGCUGCUGUCACCAGCCUGGGUGUGGGCACUGAAAGCCAGCCUGUCAACCUGCUUCUCACUCAGCCAUUGGAGGUGAAGAAAAGCAGUAACUUGAGCAUAACAGAGCAGAUCACAAGCAUCAUCUGCCAGCCGGCCUUCAUUGCAGGAUUGGGUGUAGCUGCGUGGUUGGUGUUGAUGGGCUUCAGUGGGUGGCUGUACUGUCGGCACCGCAGGAGGAAGCAGCUGGGACACUACACUACAUCCUUUGCAUACACACCAGCAGUUGGUUUUGCUCACAGUGAAGGAACUGGAAUCAUUAAUGGAGGACCUGGCUUGCUGGGCUCAAACAUGGGUAACUACCCCUGGCUGGCAGACUCCUGGCCCACUCCAAACCUCACACACAUCAGCAAAGACUCAGUCAACUGCUGCUCUGGAAAAAUUGAAUCAGAUCGAUAUUAUAAUUCUGUUGGGAUCAUCAACUACCCGAGUCAGACAGAGAAACGCAGCACCACCUCCAACGACAGCCCCAUCUACAGCACCAUAAACACAACUGCUGAGGAUGACCUCCUGGCGUACUACGACACUUACUCCAGUGUGUCCUUUAACCAGGGUCCAGACCCAUACAGUAGCAACCCAGUACUCUCAAACAGUGGGCUUACUGGUUUGGAACAGGAUCUGGACCAGUGGACCAUCAAGUCUGGUCAGUCAGGGUCUGAAUAUGCCAAGCUACAGUAUACCAAGAAAAACAAUGACAAACUACUGCAACAGAGAUGUACUGGGUCCUCAUCAAAAUCAGCUCCUCUCACCUGGGUGGAUGUUUUAUCGUUGCCUCUUCCUGCCAACUAUGACAGAGAUCAUGCAAAAUCAAACAAAGAAGAGGCGCAGCACAGCUCUGAGGAGGAAGAUGAUGACUGGUGUCCUCCACUGCCAGCCAGAACCUACCUAAUGGACAGUUCCAGAGAAGAACUCUCCAGUCAGCCUUCCAAAGCAGAAGAGCUCCCCUACACAGCAACUCUCAUAUCUUCUCAGCAAGAUGCAGCCAAGCUUAAUGGCAGUCCGCGCCUGCAACACUUUGACCUCCUGGCCCGUCACCACUCAAGCUCCCAGGUGUCCCAAUCCAACACGGAUCUGUUUACCAACACCAAGGCCAGGGAUGCCAGUGAUUUGCACAACUGUAGCCAAUGGGCAAAUGAUUUCAGGGGGGAAAGCCUGAGCAAAGUACAAUCUGCUGCUGCAGCUGCAGAGUCGGGCCCCACAGCCCAGGCACACAGAUCCAGAAGUAAGAAGAGAGUGCCCAAGGAUGGACAAAACAAGAGAGAGCCGCACAGUGAAACAGGACUCCCGCCUCUACCAACCCCUCCCUCCACAGAUGACUCCCUGCAGCUCUUGGUGGAUGUUUUGAGCCGCAGCCGAACAGACAGUGAAAGAAAAGAGGGGAGUGACUCGCCCACUCUUCCAAAGAGGAGAGAACAUUUCUCACCACAAAGAGGAGGACCUACAAAGUGGUUAUCACAAGCAGAUGAAAAUGUAAUCCCGUAUGGUCAGCCAAGCAGUCUACCCAAGGUCCAGAAGUCAGGCUAUGGCUCCCUCGGUGGAAAAUCCUUUCCCCGGCCCUCCAAUGCUGGCCAGAGGAGAGAUGAGAACUUCAUGUAGACAGCAGCUGAUUACGUGAUGUGACAUCCUCCUUUUUCUUCCCCGAGAUCGUGUCUUUGCGAACCGCCAAUCUGUUGCCAUGGCAUCUUUUGAAAGGCUGAAGACGAAAGGGAAAGCAUCAAGGCUUGCCAUCUGCCUUUUCACAAGUUAUUUGUGUUUUUUGUUAUUUCAUUUUAAUAAUUUUCUCUUUUCUUUUAUGAUUUCCCACAUUCUUUCUGUGUAUAUAAACAUCUUAAAUGCAUUUUUUUAAAAGAUUUGAUCAGAUAUAAUACUAAAAAUGGAUCUGCAGGGGAAAUACUGUAUUUUUACGCAAAGGGAAGUCUGUUUUAGUCUGUAUUAAAUUGUUGUACAGCAGAUUAAUGAAUGUAUCUUCUGUUGACUUCAAACCAUGAAACCAUGAUGAUGCGUGUGUGACAAAAACACAUGAGGCAGAAAAUAUGUUAAUAGCCCAUAAUGUGUGUGUGUGUGUGUGUGUGAGAGAGAGAGAGAGAGAGAGUUGUUGUGUCUGUGCAUGUGUGUGGUGUUUGUGCGUCAGUGUUUUAAUAUCUCAUUUCUGUGUGAGUGUGUACUGUGGUACUUCUGUAGAUCACCAGUGUGUGUUGCUUUUUAAACUGAACAAUAAAGCAUUUGUUACGAAAAUAUUUCUGAAAUUGUGUGAAUUGUACUAAACGCGAGGGGACAAGAGCAGCCGUGUUUUUCACAGCAAGACUGUUAAUAAUGUUUGCCCUU